AUGUCAAAAAGACGAGGGCUUCUGAAGUUUAAGUUCGAUACCCUGCCUCCAGGUGCUGUGCGCCCAACUGGCUGGCUUAAGGAUCAACUGCAGCUAUCGGCUGACGGUUUGGCUGGACACCUCUUUGAGUUUUACCGCUAUGUCUCCCGAUCUACAUGGCUUGGGGGAGACUGGGAGUAUAGCGAGUUGAACGAAGCAUCACCGUAUUGGUUCAAUUACAUCGUGCCCUUAGCCUGGUCCCUCGAUGAUGCUAAGCUAAAAUCUCAAGCAAAAGCUUAUCUUGAUUAUGUCCUCGACCACCAAGCUGAAGACGGAUGGCUCGGGCCAGAAACUACACGCCAGACGCGAGGUAUUUGGGCAAGAUCACUUCUUCUAUUUGGUCUCACAUUCUUCGUCGAGGGUGUUUUCCCUAAAGGAGGAACUGGCACAUUCAAAACAAGUGGUUUUACUCAUGGUGUAAAUUUGGCUCAGGGCCUUCGAUACCCAACUGUGCUCUAUCGCUUGACGGGGAAUGAUAGCCUUGUACAUCAGACUAAGGCGGCAGUCGAUAUGACAGUCAAGUAUCAAACGUCUGUUUCCGGUACUAUUAUUGGUGAUGAGCAUUUGGGCGCCCUUAGUCCCCAAAGAGGUUCGGAACUCUGUAUGGCAGUCGAGUCCAUAUUUUCCUACGCCUUCCUAUACCGUUUUCAUGGGGAUAACAGUUACGCAGACAAAGCAGAACUUGCAGCUUUCAACGCAUUUCCAGCCGCCAUGAGCCCAGACUGGUGGUCUCACCAGUAUGUCACGCAAACAAACCAAAUUCGGUCAGGGAAUCUUACCCAAAACCCAUUUUUCAAUGUCGUUUCCUAUGCCAAUACAUAUGGCUUGGAACCCAAUUUUCCCUGCUGUACAGUCAACCACCCUCAAGCGUAUGCAAAGUACGUCGCCUCGUCUUAUGCGAAAAUCAACGAAAGCAGUGUCGCGCACAUUCUCCUUGGCCCUACAUCUGUUGAAACUCACAUCAAAGGCAAAAAAGUCAAAGUUAAAUGCGAAACGAGCUAUCCAUUCGACUCCAUCCUUAAAUACACGAUUGAGAGUAAAACGAAAUUUGAUUUUGCAGUCAGGAUUCCCGGCUGGACUACCCCGAAGGCGAACAUUGAGAUGAAUGGAGGCCGUAGCAAGACAGUCGCUCCGGAUGACUCUGGGUUGCACCAUACGACAAUUCUUCCGGGUAUCACGACUCUGACGCUGGAGUUACCUAUGGAGGUUCGGGUCGCAACGCGCAACUCAUCUGCCAGUAUUUACUAUGGCCCAUUGCUCUAUGCUUUCGACAUCCCUUAUACGGAGACGCAUCACCAACCCCUGAAUUGGACCGAUCGCAAGCCUCUGCCAGAUGACGAGGUGCACCCGCACUCCCACGACUAUGUGUUAGAACCGACUGAGAUUUGGCAGUACGCAAUCGACCCACAUAGCAUCGUUGUCAAGACUUCCACAUCGACCGUUAAAAACCUGCCCAAUCCGAUCUUUGCAAAAGAUGCUCCCCCAGUUUUUCUUACAGUUGAUGCGUGGAAGAUUGCCUGGCCAACAGAUAACGAUACAGCGGCGUGGCCUCCAAUCAACCCAGUGGUUGACAAAGAUAAAAAGGAAAAGAUAAAAUUGGUCCCGUUUGGAUCGGCCAAGUUGCAUAUUGCACAAUUCCCUGUGGCUAAGUCUCAAUAG